UCUCGAAGUGUCGCCAGCAACAAGGUAGUGUGUACAUCACACCCGGGGCUGAAGGAAAAAAUUCAAAGGGGCGAUAAACGCACGAAACAGAUAAGGUCUCUUUGGCUGUCAGUUAGGUUUUUAUACAUUUUUGAUAGCUAGUUUGAGUCUACCUGGCUAGCUACGUUUUUGGAGAAUGAUACCACAAUGAACAACGUUAGCUAGUCAAAUUUGGCGUUUUAGCUAGCUAAAUGUAAUAUAAAUGGCUAGCAUUCCAUUUUAGCCAGCUAGAUAACGUUACCGCUAGCGGGUAAGCCAUAUUUAGCUAACUAGCAAAUGCAACACACUAGAUAGCUAGCUUGCUAUCCUAGCUAGAUAAAGCAGGUUGUUUUUUUUCAGAGGAUUAUUUUGCGGCUAUCAUCUUUUUUAAAUUUUAUCGCCGUUGUGGUUUGCCAACUAGCUACUCCUUUAGUUAGCUGAUGGACAGUUUCACAGACGUUCUUUGUCACUACUCGGGCGUUUUAAAGUAUUGGUUCUGGGGCGGCUAGGCGUAGCAGGAGACUGUACAGAUGUGGCAGCCAAGUUUGUCCCCUUGUCUCCGGGACCUGGGUUGGUAAGCACACGGCAAUUUAGAUGCGUUGGGAGGAGUUGAUGCUAGAGUCCAACUACAACGUUUGGCUGUAAAUAUAUUGGUAAUUUUUUGGAGAGAAACGCAAAAUAGCUAGCUAGCUCGCUGUCCAGAUGACUGUCAAGUGCUAGCUAGCAAAUUCGUUGGCUAGGUGCUAUCGAGUUUAGCAGAGCUAACUGGGCCCUAUUAGCUAUAUUUGUGUCUGCCUCAACUACAUUAACCCAAACUUGACAUUUGCGCGAGACUAGCAGGCUGUCAAAUAUUUGGUGUAGCUGCUGCCAAUGCUACAGUGAGUAGCUCGCGAAUAGGCGUCUUCAAAGGAGGCCAAACUUAGUCGUAGGUAACUGGCUACAUUUGUUGCAUUCACACCACUCAUUUAUUUUUACCCCUGGACUGUCCAUUUUGAUUUACAAAGGGGAUCAGAACAGUUAUUUGCUACUAAGUGUGAGGCGUGGGCGCCCCAUUUCAAGUAGGGCUUUUAAAUACUGCGGUGAUGACUUUGGAGUCCAUGAUGGCUUGUUGCCUGAGUGAGGAGGCGAAGGAGUCCAAACGAAUCAACGCCGAGAUCGAUAAGCAGCUUCGCCGAGACAAGCGAGACGCGAGGAGGGAACUCAAACUGCUUUUAUUGGGCACUGGCGAAAGUGGCAAGAGCACAUUCAUCAAACAGAUGCGCAUCAUCCAUGGGACGGGCUACACCGACGAGGACAAGAGAGGCUUCACCAAGCUGGUGUACCAGAACAUCUUCACCUCCAUGCAGUCCAUGAUCCGGGCCUCCGAGACCCUCAAGAUCCAGUACAAGUAUGAACAGAACAAGUCCAACGCGCUGCUGGUGCGAGAAGUGGACGUGGAGAAGGUGUGUUCCUUCGAACAGCCCUACAUUAGUGCAAUAAAGAUGCUGUGGACAGACCCUGGCAUCCAGGAGGCCUACGACCGCAGACGUGAAUAUCAGCUCUCGGACUCCACCAAAUAUUACCUUAAAGAUUUAGAGCGAAUAGCGACCACGGGGUACGUGCCCACUCAGCAGGAUGUGCUGCGGGUUCGAGUGCCCACUACUGGCAUCAUUGAGUACCCUUUUGACCUGGAGAAUGUAAUCUUCAGCUAUCUAAGCGAUCUGGAUCGUAUUGCUGAACCCAACUUUCUACCAACCCAACAAGAUGUGCUUAGGGUUCGCAUCCCCACCACAGGGAUCAUUGAAUACCCUUUCGACUUGCAAAGCAUCAUUUUCAGGAUGGUGGAUGUAGGGGGUCAGAGGUCAGAGAGGAGGAAGUGGAUCCACUGCUUUGAGAACGUCACGUCCAUCAUGUUCUUGGUGGCCCUCAGCGAGUACGACCAGGUCCUGGUGGAGUCUGACAACGAGAAUCGGAUGGAGGAGAGCAAGGCUCUGUUCCGGACCAUCAUCACAUAUCCCUGGUUCCAGAACUCCUCCGUCAUCCUGUUCCUCAACAAGAAGGACCUCUUGGAGGAGAAGAUCACGUACUCCCACCUGGUCGACUACUUCCCUGAGUUUGAUGGUCCCCAGAGAGACGCUCAGGCGGGCCGGGAGUUUAUCCUAAAGAUGUUUGUGGACCUGAACCCCGACAGCGACAAGAUCAUCUACUCCCACUUCACCUGUGCCACGGACACAGAGAACAUCCGCUUUGUGUUCGCUGCCGUCAAAGACACCAUCCUGCAGCUCAACCUCAAAGAGUACAACCUGGUGUGAGCGAGAGCGAGAGAAAUUGAGAGAAACCGGCAGCCCGCGCACAGCACAGAGUACACAUCUAUACACACACACCAACAAAUUAAACAGUACACACAUACACACACACACUAACACACACAUCUACACACACACACACACACCUGCACUAAGACACGCAGACACAUUCACCAACAUGCAUGUACACACACACACACACACACACACACACACACUCGAUCACACAUGCGUAAUAGAUCCCAGUCUCUAGCCACCCCUGGCCCCAACAUCCUCCUGCUCCUUGUCUAUGGUUUAAUUGGGUGUGUUUUUCCAGCUCCAGUCAUUCCCCCCCACUCCUCUCUUCCCUGCCCACUGUAGCCUGCGUCCCUCCUUAUGUCGCGCACACACACACACACAUCUGCUCGGAGGCUGCUCUGACUCGCCUUGGUGGUUUACAGCCUGGUGUGGCUUGUGUCUCUGGGUCACCCCUGUUAAAGGAGCAGGGGGAGGGAGGGGGUGGGUAUGUAGAGAGGUCUGUUUGAUUUGGUGGCUUGGGUGCUAGUGUGAUUUUAAAGGAAGGAGAGAUGAGCUGAGGUGUAGGAAAACAGGAAAAAGUCAGUGUCCCCCCUUCACCCUCUGCAGGGUCUGUCUGCAGGAUAGGGGUGGGGGCUGGGCACCCACUAGUCUGCAGGGGGUUGUGGGUAACUGCAUAGAAUAUCAUUGGAGCAGGUGAGGGUGGUGCUGAGGUGUGGGGGGAAGCUCUACUCUACAUGGUCUUUGAGGUGUGUGUUUUUUCCAAACCUCACCCUAGGCUUGAAGUCACCUUGCACUGUUGAAUGUAAAAAGUGUGUGUGUGUUACAAUCAAGUGGAUGCUCACACAUAGACAGAGCAAGGGUGGGAGAGAUGAAGUAAAUUGAUCUGUGUAUAUUAAUAAAUAUUUUAGAUGAGUUUAUUGACUAUUACUGUUGCUAAUACCGCUUUCCCGAUGAAGAUGUUAAUUAAAUAUGAACAAGACCGCAGGGUUUCUCAUUUCCAAGAGAGGAAAAUCACAAUUAUCCAAAAAAGGAUGUAACCUACAUGAUUGGAGACUGUUAAAGUUUCCUCCAUACCCCCCCCCCCCUUCCGUCCUUUAGACAAAACAUAAUUUACAUUUUUCACAGAACCACUUGUUGAAUUGGCAGCAUCUUGUAACAUUCUAAAUAUGAAACUAAAACGACAAUAUGAAUAAACUGCAGCACUACUUAUAUUUAAUUUAUCAUGAUUUGUACUCAUUAAAAUGCUGUACCAUUUGCCAAAUGUAUUAUGUUUUGUUUGCUAUAGAUACAAUCAAGUUGCCAGUAUCAGUUGCAUCCCCCAAACUGUUCAGAUACAAUGAACAAAACCAACUUGUUGGUGAUGGAGAUGACUGAAACUAAAUGUGUAUAUUUACAUGUGUGUCUUCUCAUAGUUGCGUUGAAAAGUUUGGUACACUAAUUUAGGCAAAACAAAUUUAUAUUUGCCAUACUAUACAGUUUAUUUUGGACAAUUGCCUAAUUAAUUACAAUUGUUUGAUACUGUGAUUCUGUUUAUUUUUUUACAUUUUGGUUAUUUUCCGAUGAGGGUAAACAACUUGCUGUACUUGUGUGGAUUACAUAAAGGAGUAGUAAGGAGCAAUAGUUUGUUGUAAUAAAGAAAUGUUUAGUGCUGUCAGCUAACUUAAGUCACAAGUUGGUCCUCCACACUCAAUGUCAGUACAGCUUUUCUUUGUUAAAGGUAUUGGAUAUUUUUUCCCUAUUUGGCCAAUAUUUUGAGAAAUGGUAGUGAUUAAUAAGAGUGAAUAGUCUUUUUUUUAUUUGUCUAAUUUAUGGACCAGAGCUCUAGAUGUUGUUAUUAGUCUGACUCUUUCUCCCUGCUUCCAUCCAGAAGUGUCUCCAUCAGAUGGGAGACUGGGAGAGACAGGGUCCAUACUGCUGUAAAAAAAAAAAACGUAUCGGCAAGUGAUCUACCUUUCUUUAGAGACUUCAUACUUGGUUGUUGCAAUUAUGUUCUGUUUCAAUAUUGAAAUGCUUGAGAAUGGGAAGAACAUUUCCAUUUAGGGUUGGCGCAUUAUGCAAAAAGAAAAAAAAGAAACUUAUCAGUGGUUGAAUUUUUAACUGGUCUAUGCUUGCAUUUUUGUAAUUUAAGAUUUUAGUUUGGUACUGGUUUUUAAUCCCAUAUCUUGUCUCUUGCUUGAUAGUUCUUAAGAUUAUAUAGCUAACUAUGUCGAUAGAUUGCUAUUUUGUCUUCGCAACGUAAUUCAGGUGAGUUUUCAUAACUUUUCAUUACAAGGGCUACUACUAGCAAAGUUGACAGAAUUAAAGGACUCUAUGGGUGAUAUAGAGCAAUAGGUGCAAUUUAAAGUGGGUGUUAUGAAUCAGGGAGCCAGUGUUGGGAUGUGUUAACGCCAGGUGGAAAGCCAUUGCCACAGGUUGAGUGCAAACUGUCCAGGGAUGCCAGUUGGUUAUCAUUGGAGGAUUAAUUCUGCUGGCUAUUUGCCUGUAAACUUUGACCAGCCCGUUUGGGCCCGAGCAGAGCCUAGUAAAACCACAAGGGGAUCGCAUAGCUGCCUGCCUCAGCCAAUCUUUAGUGUGCUCUUCCAUUCCCACCUGCCAUUCAUGUCUUCAGCUUGGCUUUAGUCCGUUGUGGAUGGUUUGUGUUUUAUGUGCACUACUAGUCAUGUUUCUGUGCUUGACAUUUGUAUACUAAGAAAGACCAUGACUGGAAGACAUUUGAUUGCCACAGUGCUAUUUGCACUCCAAAGAGCGUAGGGUUAGAGUAGUUAGGUUAAACUUAACAAACACUUUAGAGAUAUAUCAUGAUGACAGACUUGUUUUUAAUAUCUUGUAUUUUUGGUGCCAAAAAUAAUGGCCAAAUUGGAUGCAGGGUGCCCAAGUAUUUUACACAUUCUACUGUACAUGGCAAGCACUUAUCCUGCAAAGUCUGUGCUCUGUUUAAGAUCUUGCUGUGUGUUUACAAGUACAUUGAAUUGCAACCUAAGAAUGUUUUGCCCAUAAUGUUGGCUUGGGUAUACUCUUCAGUCCCCUUUACUAAUGUCCACUGUAUACUAGCCUGGCUGAAAGGUCCAACUUUUACCUUUCCUCUACAUUGUCUCAUAAACACCAGAGUUGUUGAAUGGUUUGUGCAAUUCAUGGAAAUAUCUAUAAAUGUUGCAUUCACUGAAGGUGGAAAGUAUUACAUUUUUGGGGACUUAAUAAAACUAAGUGCCACAGCGUUUAAAAAAUGUUGACACGUUGGACAUUUUGUAAUGCCUUGUCAUUUGGCCUAGCCACGGUGGAUGUGGCCUUAUCAUGAAGGCAGUUUGCGAGUUGUCAGGGAUUCCAUGUUUGGUGUUGCACAACUUGCAUUUGAAGGCCUUUUGUUAAUUAAUGCUCCCACACCCAAUACUUUAUGUAGCACAAUCUUUGUGAACUGUACAUAUGAAGCAGAAAUAUGAAUGCUUCCUGUGCAAUUGCAGAUGAAGCUUUCAACUAAAUUAGAAAUUUGAACAGACUUUUUGUCGUGAUUGCAUAUGCCAGAACGGAUGGUUUUGGUUGAACUUGUUGAGCUUGUGGGAAAGUUGUCAGUUCUCUCAGGAGUACGAAGGUCUCUUGCCAGGGCAGGCUAGACUGAGAUGAUGUUGCCAGUGGUACUUCAGAUCUCCACCAACAAGGCGGCUUGUUUUUGGAAUUGUUUUAGAGUGGUUACUGCUGCUCUGCUGCUCUGUUACCUGAAGAAGCACACUCCAUCCCCUUUGACCUGUGGUUUACUUGCUUAGGUAGAGUAGGGUUUAGUUCUACACACGACACUCAUGCUGGACUCGCUUCAUGCUUGUAACCCCCCGGUGGUUGUGCAUUAAUUAUGUUACAUUGUACACAUUUUGCUCUGUUUACUGUAGGUAUCUGCAUCAGCUUGUGGUCCGGUGGUUUUGAGGUGUAUGAUGUUGCUUAGCUCCAAAAAACACUGUACAACUGUCUGGCGCAGGCCUCCCUCCCUGCUGUUGGCAGAUAUAUGAGAAUGCUACCAUGGGUUUUCUGGGUAUACAGUCAGUGUCGGUUUACAACAAGGACAUUGGUUUUCUCCACGUGGACUAUGGACAGUGUGUAUGUAGUUAUGUGUACCCUGUAUAGCACACUAAUUGAACAUCACAAUAACUAGUAAGAGAACACGUAAGAAGUACUGUCAUCACUAAAACCAGCACAGUGGGGAUUGUGGAAGGGAUACACUACUAGAGGCAAGUCCAUGCCAUAAACUGAAUAGCAUUACAGUAUAUACAAACAGUUGCCACCACUCUUCCAUACAGUUCAUUUUGAAAUAAGCCUGUUAAACUUCAGCUAUAUUUAUUGUAAUGCUUUGCCAAGUGAAGGUACCGAAGGGGCAAUAUACUAUAGCAGUUGGAUUCAUCGGUGAAUGAAAUAUGGUGUUUUUUAGAAUAUCAGCUGUUGUCUCCUCUUACUUGAUCUAUAAUCCUUUCUUUCUCCCGGGUCAAUGCACUGAACCUGCGCUACAGCAAUGGGACUUACUGCAUUCAUGCAAAUUACAUGUUCAUUCAAGCACGUUUUGUUGGUACUAUGAGAUGUGUGUACACUUUUGAUGGUUAAUGCUUUUGCUUGAGAUUCAUACUGAUGUGAUGGAUGCAUAGAAAUGCUAAAAGCUAUCUUUGCAUCUUUUUUGUUUCUUUUGUAAGGCUGAUGCAUUACCUGAACUCUUGUAUUUAGGACCACUUAAUGAUAGAUUUUUAAAUAACAGGUUAAAUAAACUUUGUGUAGUGGUGUAUAAAUUGAAAGUAAUGUAUUUUUUUCUUAAGUAUACCAAAUGUAAAUUAUGUACAAUAAUGAGUGUGCCAAUCCCCUUUCUUUGUAGAGCCAGACUCUUAACAAGUGCCAAUGUUGUGAAAAAUCAUAAAGGACCUAUGUAUUUCAUGGUCCACUUUUUAAAACAAAUGAACACUAAGUAUGUGAUUAAGAUAAAUAAAUAAAUGAAAAUGAACGAAAAAAGUGAAUUUGAUUCUGUAUUUAAUGAUGAUGAACUGCUGUUUUUAAAGAAAUUACAUUUUAACUGCAUGUGUUGGUUUGGGUGGUGUGUGUGUGUGGGGCGGGUGAAACUGUAUUAAUGCAAAGCCCUCCAGAAAAGGGACCUAAUGGGUAUUGAUUUACAGUAUUUUAGCCAUAUUUCUCUUUUGUAUGUUUCAUUUCAACCACUGUUGCCUGAACCUCAUUCAAACAUGAAAAUGAUUUUCAUAGCCUUCUCCUUUAAAGAAAAAGUAUCUGUUUUAAAUUGGAAUAAAAUGUGUUCCUAUACUCUG